CAGCCUUCCUCACCGUGGUUGGUCCUCAUGGUGUCUUUUUGAAGAGGACCUGAGCCUUUCACCCAAAUAUAUCAAAAAACCCGGGCAACCGGCCAAAAAAAUUGCAAAAGCCUCUCGUAGGCACAAAAGACCUAUUCUAGCCAUCAACUUUGUAUCCGACGCUGCCGUUUAGCUGCGCGUCUUGAAGUCAAGCAUGGCGACUACUGAGUCCUCGGCCCCGGCGGCCACCACCCAGCCGGCCAGCACCCCGCUGGCGAACUCGUCGCUGUACGUCGGUGACCUGGAGAAGGAUGUCACCGAGGCCCAGCUGUUCGAGCUCUUCUCCUCGGUUGGCCCUGUGGCCUCCAUUCGCGUGUGCCGCGAUGCCGUCACGCGCCGCUCGCUGGGCUACGCCUACGUCAACUACAACAGCGCUCUGGACCCCCAGGCUGCUGACCGCGCCAUGGAGACCCUGAACUACCAUGUCGUGAACGGCAAGCCUAUGCGCAUCAUGUGGUCGCACCGCGACCCUUCGGCCCGCAAGUCGGGCGUCGGCAACAUCUUCAUCAAGAACCUGGACAAGACCAUCGACGCCAAGGCCCUGCACGACACCUUCUCGGCCUUCGGCAAGAUUCUGUCCUGCAAGGUUGCCACUGACGCCAACGGCGUGUCGAAGGGCUACGGCUUCGUGCACUUCGAGGACCAGGCCGCUGCCGAUCGCGCCAUUCAGACCGUCAACCAGAAGGAGAUUGAGGGCAAGAUCGUGUACGUGGGCCCCUUCCAGAAGCGCGCUGACCGCCCCCAGGGCAAGGACGUGUACACCAACGUGUUCGUCAAGAACCUGCCGGCCGACAUCGGCGACGACGAGCUGGGCAAGAUGGCCACCGAGCACGGCGAGAUCACCAGCGCGGUGGUCAUGAAGGACGACAAGGGCGGCAGCAAGGGCUUCGGCUUCAUCAACUUCAAGGACGCCGAGUCGGCGGCCAAGUGCGUGGAGUACCUGAACGAGCGCGAGAUGAGCGGCAAGACCCUGUACGCCGGCCGCGCCCAGAAGAAGACCGAGCGCGAGGCGAUGCUGCGCCAGAAGGCCGAGGAGAGCAAGCAGGAGCGUUACCUGAAGUACCAGGGCAUGAACCUGUACGUCAAGAACCUGUCCGACGAGGUCGACGACGACGCCCUGCGUGAGCUGUUCGCCAACUCUGGCACCAUCACCUCGUGCAAGGUCAUGAAGGACGGCAGCGGCAAGUCCAAGGGCUUCGGCUUCGUGUGCUUCACCAGCCACGACGAGGCCACCCGCGCCGUGACCGAGAUGAACGGCAAGAUGGUCAAGGGCAAGCCCCUGUACGUGGCCCUGGCGCAGCGCAAGGACGUGCGCCGCGCCCAGCUGGAGGCCAACAUGCAGGCGCGCAUGGGCAUGGGCGCCAUGAGCCGCCCGCCGAACCCGAUGGCCGGCAUGAGCCCCUACCCCGGCGCCAUGCCGUUCUUCGCUCCCGGCCCCGGCGGCAUGGCUGCUGGCCCGCGCGCUCCGGGCAUGAUGUACCCGCCCAUGAUGCCGCCGCGCGGCAUGCCUGGCCCCGGCCGCGGCCCCCGCGGCCCCAUGAUGCCGCCCCAGAUGAUGGGUGGCCCCAUGAUGGGCCCGCCCAUGGGCCCCGGGCGCGGCCGUGGCGGCCGCGGCCGCGGCCCCAUGAUGCCCAUGCAGCCGUACCCCGGCCCCGGCCCCAUGGACUUCCAGGGCGGCUUCCAGGGCCGCGGCCGUGGCCGCGGCCCCGCCCCCGGCGGCCGCGGCCCCUCCGGCCGCGGCCAGGGCCGCGGCAACAACGCCCCUGCCCAGCAGCCCAAGCCCGCCGCUGAGCCGGCCGCCGCGCCCGCCGCCGCCGCCCCCGCUGCCGCGGCGCCUGCCGCCGCGGCGGAGCCGGAGGCCCCCGCCGCCCAGCAGCCGCUGACCGCCUCCGCGCUGGCCGCCGCCGCGCCGGAGCAGCAGAAGAUGAUGAUCGGCGAGCGCCUGUACCCGCAGGUGGCGGAGCUGCAGCCCGACCUGGCUGGCAAGAUCACCGGCAUGCUGCUGGAGAUGGACAACGCCGAGCUUCUGAUGCUUCUGGAGUCGCACGAGGCGCUGGUGUCCAAGGUGGACGAGGCCAUCGCUGUGCUCAAGCAGCACAACGUGAUUGCCGAGGAGAACAAGGCUUAAAGCGCCUGCACGCUUGUGCGGGCUGGUGGCGCCGGCGCGCGCCGGCGCUGCUUGGGCCGCCGGCAGCAUGGGCGCGGCGGACGCGGUGUGGGAGCAGUGCUUGCUGCUUCUGGCCGCCGUGAAGGCCGCGCCGAGCUGGGGGCGGAGCGGCAGCUGGCGUUGACGCGGGCGCGCAGCAGCAGCAGAAGUGGGUGGCGUGGAAGGUCUCUGGGCGGUGCUCGGGACGGGUGGUGAGGGUGUGAGGAGCUGGCGUUUGGCGGGGUGGCGGCGCGAAGGGCGGCAGCGGCGGUCGUGUCAGGCCAAUCACCAUCCGGCUGGAGAAAGUGCGUACCGAAAGGCGCGAGCCCCUGCACCCGACAAGUAUCGGGGUUCGCGGAAGGAGCAGCGUCGCGCUGUUGUGCCGUAUGCGACGCUGUUGCGUGUCAGGCGCAGAAGGAAGGAUGACGCUUUGGUGAAGGGUGCAACUGAGCACACGAGUUUUGGCAAUAAGACGUGGAGAAAGUCCAGUGCGGGGCUGAGGCGGAUAGCGGAAUCAAGCGUGGCGGGCUCCCUGGCGAGACGAGACGCUUCUGUUGUUUUGCUGUAGCCCUUUGACUGGCACAAUCGCACUGUUUUGAGCCAGGCGACUGUAAAGUGCCCGACGC